UUGACCAAAAUUUAAUUUAGGGUAAAAUAAAUAAAAUAACUUACAAUUUUUUUGCGAGGAAAAUUAACUUACAAUUUGAAAGGCAAGAGCGGAAUAUUAGCCGUGGCUGUCAGAAGCUCCCAAAAAGAGGGCCAGCCUAACGCAAGCCAGUGGUUGACUUUUAGCUUGUCCCGUGCACUUAUAUAAUGGACCCUCAUGAUCAAUCUGUAGCUCCCACCAUAUGAUCGCACUGACAAGACGACGAAGCAGAAAAAAAGAACAGCUCGUUGCGUUUGAGAUUGAGGAUGGGCGAAGGGAGGGCCAAGGCUCAAGCUCUGCUGCUCGCGGCUCUCGUCCUCAUGAUGAGCUGCUCGGCGGCCGCCUCUCCCUCCAACUGCAUUCCGAGGAGGCUGCUAAUGGCGUCAGGGUCGUACUACCGGCGAGCGCCGUGCAACGACGACCCGAUCGGCCGGCGUCCGACACCGAACGAUGGCCAUGAAGAAAUCAGCGGGUCCAGGACCCCGCGGGUGGGACCGCCGUCUCCAACGUGGGGAACCACCCGAGCGGCCGGGACCUCCCGCCCCACACCCCCGGGGAUCAUCAACUAGAGCUGAUGACACAUGCUUUGAAGAAAUAAUUCACCAUCAUUGCCGCUGUUGUUACUCUAUUCUUGGAACUAAUUCUAAUCUUAGUCAGUUUUUCCAUGUGGAUCGCGCUAUUACAUGUGAAACCUUUAUAUUGUAGUCAUGAAUAUUUUAAGAAUAAAAUGUAGU